AUGUCUAGCGAACGGCAAAAGAUCAUCAUACGUGUCUUCCGCAAAUAUAGCCAUUCGCUUGGCCCUGAUGAGAUAGCCUUUCUUGAAAAUGUACUCGACGACUUUGGCGUUUCAGAUGAAGAUGCAGAAUACAGUGUCGAAUUGGUUGCGAAGGAGUAUAACAGACAAGAUGAUGCUGCGAUGAAAGUUACUCUACCAGUACUAAAACGCGUGCUCGAUGCGCUACAACACGCCGGCGCAUCCGGAGAAGGGCGGAUAGACGAAGGAGACCUUGAUAUUGACGCGCACUUGUCAUUCAUAAACGCUUUUGAGAUGCCGGUGUGGCGCUGGAGUACCGAGCGAGGGGCAUUCGAGAGGUCCACUGCGACGCCUGGUGCACUAGGAUCUGCUGAAGCGCGCGUCUCUGCGACUCGCGACCGCUUACAUGUCAUCCGACAGACGAUCUUGCGAAACGAACACUUUACGCCGAGCGCUGUACUGACGCGAGAUCGUGCGCACUUAUUGACAAUCAGGUCGACGAAGCAGUUGUUGGGACGGGCUGGCGAGCGCUUCCUUCUAUUUGGAAUGCUGUCACAUUCCAAGGAGGGCAAGCUAUGCUUAGAGGACCAAGACGGCAGGGUGGAGCUUGACUUCAGUCAAUUGGAUGCGCCCAGUGAGGGCCUCUUCACCGAAGGCGCCUGCGCGCUUGUCGAGGGCGACUAUACGGAAGACGAGACGUUCGUUGUCAUCGCCAUUGGCCAUCCGCCAUGUGAGAGCCGCGAGGCGGCGAGAGCGAUAUACGGGCAUGUCGACUUUCUUGGCAAAGGUGCCACAACACCGGCGGAAGAUGCCGCAUUCGCGAAACGCAUCGAAGCAGACUUGAAGCAUGUCACAUUCUUCAUCAUGUCCGAUGUAUGGCUUGAUGAGCCGGACACGCUACGUGGACUCAGGCGGAUCUUCGACAAUUGUAUCGAGAACGACUAUAUUCCGCUCGUACUUGUUAUGUGCGGCAACUUCUCGCGCAAGGGCAUCGCACAUGGCAAUGCUCGUGACGUUGCUCGGUACACAGAGGGCUUUGACAUGCUCGCAGAUCUCAUCGCAUCAUACCCAAGGAUCACUCAAACAACGCACUUCGUCUUUGUCCCUGGUCCUGCCGAUCUCUCUGCAAACUCCUUGCUACCACGCCGUCCACUGCUACAAACGGCCACAGCCCGUCUACGCAUGAAGGUUCCUCGGCUUACUCUGGGCAGCAAUCCGUCACGCAUCAAGUUCUUCGGUCAAGAGAUCGUCAUCUUCCGUGAGGACACGAUGGCGCGCAUGUUGCGCAACCUCGUUGGCGUGAAGCCUGACGUUGGAGGCGAAGAUCUCAAACGAUAUCUUGUGCAAAGCAUACUUGACCAGUCGCACUUGGCACCGCUCACCUCCAACAUCGCGCCCGUACUACCCGACUACGACCACUCGCUACGACUAUACCCACUGCCGACAUGUGUCGUCCUUGCCGACAAGUAUGAGAGUUAUCGCAUGACGUACGAAGGUUGCCAUGUUUUGAACCCCGGGAGUUUCAUUGGGCAUACGUACCAGUUUACCGCGUAUACGCCGGCAACACGAGAGAGCGAACCUUGUGUUGUGGAUAUGGACUUUGAUGACGCUUGA